AUGCCGCUGAAGAAAGUGAAAAGAAGUAUUUCGAAGAUUUUUUCGCGUUCUUCGACGAAUUUGAAAGAAAUCAAAGAACAUCCGACAGAAGGGCUUGGAGCGAAAAUACCUUCUUCGACUCUCUCGCCUUCUGAAGAUUGCUCAGAACCUCCAUUCUACUACAGUGGCUCCUCAACCCGUUCCCCUUCCACCUCGAGCCGCUCCUCAUCAGAAGACUCGUCCUCUUCUUCUUCUACUCUCCGAGAAGAAGCGAAAGUAGUUUUGCGAUCAAAAGAAAGACGCAGCCGCCCUCCGAGACUCACUCAUGCCAUUUCAAAGGAAAAUAUCAGCAAGCGGCUGUCGUUACCAGCAGAUGUGCGCAUUCCGCCGAUUUACCUGACGAUGCUGACGCCAGAUUCUCCCAUAAACUGGGAAAAGCCACUUUCUAGCCACAAAGUCGCUCUGAAAGAAAUUCGGCUGGACGAAGAAGAAGGGUACUCCUGCACAACGAUCAGGGAAAUUUCACUUCUACGAGGACUGAAGCAAGCUAAUAUCAUCACGCUUCAUGAUAUCGUCCAUACGAAGAACAUGAUUACUCUAGUGUUCGAAUACAGCGAUUGCGACUUGAAGCUGUAUAUGGAGCACGUCAAAAGCGUCGACAUGAACGAUGUGCGAAUCUUCCUGUUCCAAAUGCUUCGUGGUCUAAGUUAUUGCCACGCGCGACGCAUUUUGCACCGCGAUUUGAAGCCGCAGAAUCUUUUGAUCAAUUCGAAAGGAGAAUUGAAACUGGCGGAUUUUGGUCUCGCCAGAGCGAAGAGUAUCCCGACGAAGACCUAUUCCAACGAGGUCGUUACUUUGUGGUACCGCCCGCCGGAUGUUCUUCUCGGAAGCGUCGAAUACACAACUUCGAUCGACAUGUGGGGCGUGGGAUGUAUUUACUACGAAAUGGUCGCUGGUCGACCCUUGUUCCCCGGCAGUACUGCAGACGAUCAAUUGGAAAAGAUAUUCAAAGUUCUUGGCACUCCCACUGAAGAUUCUUGGCCAGGCAUCAUUUCGUCUGAUCGAAUCGAAGCAAAGGGCCUUGUUGGCUUCAAAACGCGCAAAAACGCAAGACAUUAUCCUGGCGAAGACCUUUCAACAAUGGCGUCGAGAUUAGACCUUCACGGCCGAAAUCUUCUUCAGAAGUUUCUUUCUUAUGAAACGACCAAGCGCAUUGGCGCGAAAGCAGCAAUGGAUCACUCUUUUUUCAAGGUGCUGGGUAGCGAAGUGCGCCAACUGAAAGAAGACCAGCCAAUUUUCAAAGCUCGUGGCAUUCGGCUGCGCAACCCCGUUCCCGGCGAACGAAACAAAUCCGCGAAGACGGCGGUUGAUCGCCGCCGCUCCCACAUUUUCUAG